CUUUGAAAACCCCAUCACUUCAAACAGUUAUUUUGAUUUUAUUUUUUUUUCUGCUUUGAACCAUUCCUCUCUUUCAAUCCCAGUUCAAGUCCCACCCAUCAGCCACAUUCAAUGGAUAUAGUUGUUCUGAGAGAAACCAUUGAUCAACUCCUUGAAAAGAUACGCGGCCGUAAAGAAAACCGCUUACUAGCUGGGCUGUCGAACAGUGACAAGAACCAACUUAUAACUUCUCUUGAAAAAAUCCAAGACCUGGUUAAGAACCACGUCCAACGUCAUGAGGUUCUGUCCAACCUUAAAACUGCCCUCAAAGAUCUGAACAAAUUGGUGGAGGAACUCGAUGCCGGUAUUCUUAAGCCUCAGAAAAGAACUUUCUCUCCGUUUCAAGCCGAUCGUCAUAAGCAUCAGCUUAAAGCCAUCAACUCAAGAAUUCAAAAUGCCAUAAAAGAUCUCAAAGAUGUUUUAAAAGAAUUGUCCACGACCACCACUGCAACUAUGCCGCCUCAAGAAGCAUGGGAGAAGACGGGGGAGGAGACGGAGUUGGAACCGGCUAUAGUUGGGAGAAAAAAAGAAAUUAUAGAUCAACUUAUCCCGCUCCACACAGGAGCUGAAUCCGUUGGGAAAGUUUCUGUGGUUUCCAUUGUUGGGUUCGCAGGAAUAGGGAAGACAAAACUUGCCCGUCUUAUUUGUGAGGAUGAGCAAGUCAAAGCUCACUUCGGCCUUCAAAUUUGGAUUUAUGAUGUGGAAUUCCUCAAUACCACUGACAUGUCAUCUACUUACACUGACGGCGGAAAAGGAAACCUUGUUGUGCUGGAUAAUUUGAAAACUGAGAUACUUGGGGACGAGAUGCUCUCUGAUUUGGACAAGAUAUUAAUGACGUCCAAUGGUGCAAGUGCAAUUCUCAUAACCACACGUAGUAAACUUGUGGCCAACAAUAUUACUGUUUCGCUAAGUAACUACAGGUUACGACAUGAAACAACAAGGCCAGAUACUGUUUUUACCACGUUUAAGCCACAUGUUAUUCUGGGGCUUAAUGAAGAGGAAUCUUUGUCAUUGUUUUGGAAAGUUCGUGGACAAAGUAGUUCAAUAAUCGAUAUGAAGAAGGAAAUGCAAAGGAAGAUGGUGAUGGAUUGUGGUGGAGUUCCUUUCUUGAUAAUAUUCAAAGCAAUAUUUGUAAACAAUCAUUGUGCUGAUCUUGCCGUUGCUGAUCUGAAUAAGGAGGAAUUUCUAAAAGAGCUUAAGGUUAGAUACUACGACAAACUUCCAAGCCCUCAGAAGUUUUGUUUUGAAUUUUGUUCAUUGUUUCCUCAAGAUCAUUUGAUUGAUGUCGAGAGAUUAAUUCAUCUCUUGACAGCAGAAGGAUUUCAAUCGGAUUUAGAAAACUCUACAGAAGACAAAUUCCGCCAGUAUUUCAACGACUUUGUUGGGAUGCCUAUUUUCAAAGAUAUGGAAGAAGACGAGUGUGGCGCUGUUAGAAGAUGUAGAAUGCAACCCUUAAUGCACGACCUAGCACGAUUCGUAUCAGAUCAAAUAGAGAAUGUCACGGUGGAUCCAGAAGGUGAAAAAGUUACUGAAGGAGUCUUACGAGCCUCUUUUGAUUUUAGCUUGGACGUUUCACGUGGAAUUCCACCUUCUUUGUUUAAAAAGGCAAAGAAACUAAAGGCCAUUCUCUUUUGGAAGACACAAUCGUUGCUUCCGAAGGACAUGAAGACAGGCUAUUCCACUUGUGGUCAAAUAUUCAAAUCCUUCAAGGCCACUCUCCGAAUGUUGGAUCUCCACGACAUGGGAAUCAAGACAUUGCCCAACUCAAUUGGGGAUAUGAAUAAUUUGAGGUAUCUCGACCUGUCCCUUAAUUCUAUAGAAAAGUUACCCAAUUCCAUUACCAAGCUUAGCAAUUUGCAAACGUUGAAAUUGUCUCAAUGUUAUCCGCUCGAGGAACUACCCAAGAACAUUGAUGAACUAGUUAACCUGAAGCAUCUUGAGAUAGAUGGAUGCUUAGCUCUCACUCACAUGCCUCGCAAACUACACAAGCUAGAAUGUUCUCUACAAACACUUUCUCUCUUUGUGAUUAGUGACGGGCACCACGUGGGAGGUCUUAGUGAACUUGCAAGGCUCAACAACUUAAGAGGCCACCUGGAAAUUUCACAUCUUGAAAGUUUGAACCUUUCAAAGGCGGAUAAUUGUCUCAAUGGUAAAAAUGAUCUCCAGCGUCUUACGUUAAGAUGGUGUCAUGAGGAUGACUAUGGCAAGAAGGAAGAGGAAGAUGACCAGAAAAGACUUGAUUUUCUUGAGCCGCCCUCUACACUGAGAGCAAUUUUCGUUGUUGGGUACAAAGGUAAAACACUUUCAAAUUGGUUUUCUUCCAUAGCUUGCCUUGUUAAGUUAAGCUUGUACGACUGUACAAGUUGCAUAUUUCUCCCACACCUUCAUGAACUUCCAAACCUCAGAUUUCUAGAACUUCUAAGGUUGGACAAACUGGAAUACAUUGCUGAUCAAAGUAAUGACAGUGACCGCCACAAUGACAAAUUACAGGCUGCUGCAGUGCACUUUCCAUCUUUGGAGGAACUCACAAUCUCAGAUUGUCCUAAUCUCAAGAGGUGGUGGAGAAAGGAUAAAAUGGAAAAAGAUUUACCGUUUUUUGCUUGCCUUUCAAAACUGAAUGUAAAUUACUGCCCUGAACUAACUUGCAUGCCCCUUUUUCCUGGUCUUGAUGAAGAGCUAAUCCUUGUGGGUUCGAGCGUGAAACCGCUACUAGAUUCAAUAAAUCAUGGACAUAGAAAGUGUUAUCCGUUUUCCAAACUCAAGUCAAUGAAAAUUGCGAACAUCGAGGAUAGUCGUUCACCAGCAAAGAUAUGGAUCGAAUACUUCAAUUCUCUUGAGAAACUCGACAUUAAAGAGUGGAAGCAUUUAAAGUCUCUUCCCGAAGGUUUUGAUAAUUUGAACUCACUCCAGAGUCUUAACAUUGAAAACUGUCAGGAGCUUGAUCUCUCAAGCACUGAAUGGGAAGGUCUCAAAAACUUGCGUUCUCUCACGAUAAGAGAAAUUCCAAAACUCGAGACUCUUCCAUCGAGUAUUUACAAAGUAACAUCUCUUCAAGAUCUUCAGCUUCAUAACUGUCCUCAGUUAACUUCUUUGUCUGAAACCAUAGAAUAUCUCAAAUCACUCGAGAAAUUGGUUAUUUCUGAAUGUGACAAGUUGGCUUCGCUUCCAAAAGCAUUGAAAAACGUGGAGUCUCUGCAUACUUUGAUCAUUUUGGACUGCACCUUAUUGCUGCCAAGGUGCCAGUCAGACACCGGUGAUGAUUGGUCACAGAUUGCUCAUAUUAAAAAUAAACAGGUCACGGAAACUAAUCGAGACAUGUAGAUUGUUCAGCUUGCUUCCACGCAAAGGGGCUUGUCAAAUAAAUUUUAUCCUCCUCAUUGGAUUGAUGAUUUGUGUAUGCACAACUUCAUUUUUGAGCUGAAAUCAAACGGGCUUUAGUGGAUAGCUUCAAUCAUGUGUCAUCUUUUGAUUUUAUUAGAAACAAUUGUAUUCCAUCAUCUAAGGCAAACUAGUGUAUUAACUCAGAGUUUGACUUGAAUGUAUUGUUUUUAUUUUUUACUCAACUUCUAUGUAUUGCUUGUUAUUUUUAAGGUUGUAUGUAUAAUGUAUUGCUAGUCCUCCAAGUUCUUGAUUUUACUGCUCAUUGUAUUGAACAAGUUAUUACCAUUAAUAUGAGAUAUAAAUUUAUUUUAUGAUGAA